CCUCGGAUGGCACGCCAGGCAACUCUUGGGGCAGGAAAGUUCUUCCAAAUGCCGCCUGGAGUAAGGGCACCCUCCCAGCAAACCAGCCUCAACGCGCUCUGGGCUAAGUCAGGUCAUGUCGAACCACGACCAGGAUCCUAUUCCGAGGUCGAAACAAGCGAACAAGACCAUAAGGCGAAUCCUCUCAAUGAUGUCGAAAAUGGGUUGAAAAAGGUUGAUGUCAUGUCCAGCAGUCAGAGCUUAGAGGUCGAUCAAGGCUGGAGUAAUAACGCGAACAUGGUGGGAACCUCCCCAUAUUGUACAGAGAAGAGGAAGCAUGGUCCCAUAGUUGAGAUACCUGAUCCACCAAAGCAAAAGAAAAGGCGCGUCGACAUCAACAGUGAGGACGAUGGGGGGGCGGCCAAUGCUAAUACACUCUCAGACACACCUGGUGUCGCCACGCCACAUACCCAAGCUCUGGCGAAGGGUCAGGCGCAUGAGGAUGAGGGGGGAAGUAAAUCGGACGGGGGGAAUGAGGCUAACCUUGAUGAAGGCGAUGAAGCUGACCUCGACGAAGACGAAUACGCAGUAGACGAUGAAACAGAAGAGGACUCAGCGUCCCUUGCUGCCGAAUUGGCCGCCGGUGAUGCCUUUCUCUGUAAACAAACACCAUGGCAAGCCGACGAACCUGUGCCAUAUGCGGCGCUUAUUUCGACUUUCACCCUGAUUGAAUCCACCUCGAAAAGGAUCGAAAUCACCACGCAUCUCACGGCUUUUUUCUUCAUGGUUAUUAGACUCAGCCCCAAAGAGCUGCUCAAGACUGUAUAUCUCUGCAUUAAUCGAUUGUGUCCCGACUACGUCGGUCUCGAGCUGGGCGUCGGAGAAUCAAUUCUUGAAAAAGCAAUUGCCGAAAGCACUGGGCGUUCACUGGCGAAGAUUAAGGCUGACCUGAAAAAGGAGGGUGAUUUGGGGUUAGUUGCGAUGAUGAGCCGCAAUACCCAGCCUACUAUGUUCAAACCAAAACCUUUGACGGUUUCGUCCGUUUUCGCCAAGCUGACGGAAAUAGCAAGAGUCAGCGGUAACGCGUCUCAAGCUAAAAAAAUUGGGAUCAUCAAGUCUCUUCUGGCAACCUCCGUCGAGAUGGAACCAAAGUUCAUUAUCAGAUCAUUGGAAGGCAAGUUGCGAAUCCGACUUGCGGAGCGCACUGUUCUUGUAGCGGUGGCCUGGGCAACAGUCCUUAGAGAUCGAGGAUCGAAGAAGUGGAGCAAGGAAAAACUAGCCAGUGAGCUUGAAGAAGGAGCGAACAUAGUGAAGUCUGUAUAUAGUGAAUUGCCCUCUUAUGACUGUGUCAUACCAGCUUUGCUCGAUUGUGGAAUCAGUGGCCUCAGGGAGCAUUGUAAACUAACUCCAGGAAUUCCGCUCAAACCGAUGCUGGCUAAGCCAACGAAAGCCAUCGGCGAAGUCUUGGAUCGGUUCGAAGGCAAAACAUUUACCUGUGAAUAUAAAUAUGACGGUGAACGGGCCCAGAUUCAUCAAUCUGAAGAUGGCACCAUCAAAAUUUUCAGCCGCAAUUCGGAAGACAUGAGUCUGAAAUAUCCCGAUCUUAUAGACCAGCUGCCUGGAUGUAUCAAUGAAGGCACGUCCAGCUUCGUUUUGGACGCUGAAGCAGUUGCUAUCGAACGCGCCACAAUGAAUCUUCUGCCUUUCCAAGAACUGAGUCGAAGAAAGCGGAAGGAUGUCAGGGCUGAAGACGUUCAGGUUACAGUAUGCUUGUUUGCCUUCGACUUGUUAUAUCUGAAUGGCGAGCCGUUGCUGCACAAGGAUUUAUUAUCCCGCAGACAACUUCUCUAUCAACAUUUUCACCCCGUACCAGGAGAAUUUGAUUUUGCAAAUUCAUCUGACGGAAGCAGCACAGAAGAGAUCCAAACAUUCCUUGACCAAAGCGUCAAAGAUGGUUGCGAAGGUCUCAUGGUUAAAAUGCUUCAAAGUGAUGCCAGCUACUAUGAGCCGAGCCGCCGAAGUGUGAACUGGCUAAAGUUGAAGAAAGAUUAUCUCACCGGCGUGGGUGAUUCCUUCGAUUUAGUCGUUGUUGGGGCAUAUCAUGGUCAUGGCAAAAGAACUGCUGUGUACGGCGCCUUCCUUCUGGCGUGCUACGAUUCCGACUCGGAACAGUUCCAAACAAUAUGCAAAAUUGGCACUGGAUUCACGGAUGAUGCUUUACUACAACAUCACAAUACCCUAAAAGGGCUCGAAGUUGACGUGAUGCGAAGUGACAUUGCCCCUGGGCAAGCUAAGCCCGAUGUAUGGUUUACCCCCACCGUAGUCUGGGAAGUACUGGCAGCGGAUCUGAGUUUAAGCCCCGUAUAUACGGCAGCACAAGGCCUUGUUGAAGAGCGUGGCAUUUCACUUCGCUUUCCGAGGUUCAUUCGAGUAAGGGAUGAUAAGGCGCCUGAAGACUCGACUUCCCCAGAGCAAAUCGCAGAUAUGUAUGAGCGACAGGCUCUUGCACAAAGUAAAGGCGGCAAGAAAAGGAGGGGGGAUGGGGAGAUAGAAGACGACUUUUGGUGACGAUGUCUUCAAACUGUACGUGUAAACCACAUUAGUCCCCGACAGGUCUCAUUGGCUACUCCGUUUCUCAUCUUUAUUUUUCGGAUGAGAGAAGAUGCAGGUGAACGCACCCGAAGCCUGAGAUUCUGGCUUGUAAUAAUAUACAAUUUUGGGACCGGUCC